AUGCAGCCUGUAAAUAUUGAAUACGUUGGCCGAUUCGGCCAACACUUUUUGCGGAACGCGAUUCCUUCGUCUGUACAAAUCGCCCUCAAUAAUCAGGGAACAGCAGUGUGUCUUUUCACUUCCCAGUUGCUUGAAUGCAAUACUACGUUUCCUCGGUGGUCUACGCUAUUCACCUGGACGCCAUCCAGCUUCCAGCCACCUAGCCAAUUACUUGACUCAUGGAAACAGCUACUCAUAACUUAUGUGAAGUUCAUUGAUGUUGCCAUGCCGGAUUCUGAGCAAUUUCAGUCUGGAUUGCUAGUUCUGUUGACAAAUCGUACUAAUGACCAUUCUUUCAUUUGCUACUUUUCCGACAUACUCACUGGGUGCUGCUGCCAAUCAGUAAUUUCCGUUCGCGGUGUGCUCACUGAUUGUGAAUGGAUCUAUCCUGUUACCGAUUUGUGCUCCAGUGCGAAGUCGCAGACCAUCAUCGCGGAGUCCAUAGAUCUUUCGUGUUCUGAGCCAAAACGCCGUACUGGACUCGGGUCGGUAACAAGCGCGUUCUCUGGAUGUGUUGCACUUGGUUUUUCUCAAGGUUACAUUGCUCUUCUCGAUCUUGCUCUAGAUUGGGUCUCUGACAAAACGGAUCAUUCAGUGGGUUCGGCGGUUGCGAUUGAGAAAGCGCUUCUUUUGCAACACGUCGCUGCAGGCAAGCGUGUCCCUUCGGAUCCGACCACUAAGGAGCACAUAACUGUUUACUUUGAUGCUUCUGUCAUCCGAUGGAAUGAGUUUCAAUACAAGUCAGUAAGUGGCAAAUCGCUGAACACGUUUCCUUCCGCUUCUGUCGAAGUCUCUUGUUUACUGUAUAUUCCAAAUUCACAAACACUGGCCGUCGGGUUUAGCUUCGGGGGGUGGCAACUUUGGUCUCUGCGUUCAAUGAACUUGGAAUUUUCGCUCCGCCACAUUCCAUCAGAAUCUCCUGUCAAAUGUAUCACAUUCCAGGAACCUUCGGAUGAUCCUCGUUUCUGCUGCUACCUUUGGGUUGGCUGGCAAUCCAGGCUGACGGACGAUUCUUGUCGUGAAGCUAGUGUAUCUACCAAAGGCCUUCAACAGAAUGCUCAUGCCAAACUGUACCAGCUUUCAUAUCUUAACCGGUACGAAGAGCCCGGAAGCCCUUCGCGUGACCCGUACUACCGGUAUGAAGAACUUGUCGGUUUCUCCGAGAGGCUAUCAACUGGUUUGUUCGCCGUUGAUUCCCAGAAGGCCGGUGUGCCAAAUCAGCUUUUGGCAAUCCAGCCUAUUCAGACUGGUCAAAGCGAUAGUGUUGCGAUUGGUCAGUCUUCUUCAGUCCAUUUGAUCUCUCUUAUUUGGCGGAUGAAGCCUACGACCGUACGAAUUGGAUUGUUUGAUUUAGAUAGAUGGUAUCAUGCCCAGAUGCCGGCUCAUAUUCGGUCGGAUAAUUCUUUCUUCGCUGUCUUCGACGCUGAUGUGACAAGCGCAAGUGCGAUUGCCACGAACGGCCGCCUUGUCGUUUCAAGUCUCUCUUCCUUUUGGAGCAAGGUUGAUGCUCGCCAUCGUCAGCUGAACGGGCUGUGGGAUUUGCGUAUGAACGGACUGAGUAACAGUUCUCGAACGACGCUUCCUUCUCUGUUCGGCGCGUGUGCUGCUUCAAAUCCGGUGCCGGAAGUCUGUUUGCGACCCUCUGCAUUGUCUUUCUCGUUUCUUCUGAUCUGUACAUCGUUGAACUCGCCAUCACCACAAUGCGUCUUGAAGCUGCAGUUCGCUUCAAGGCAGGAGGCUUGCGUUCUUUCACUCUCGGCUUUCUUACCGGGCUCUAAGACUGAUGGAUUACAGCCGAAACGUUUCGAUAUCACCAAUUGGUUGUCUGAAGCCUGGGCCACUGGUCUCCUCGAAUCACCUGGGUUGGAUCCCUUGGAUGAAGACGAUUUGGAACGACUAUUACAGUUUUCCGAACAGCUGAUGCUUCACCAGCGCGUGGGAUCGCUUGACGAGGCGCAGGCCGAACAACUUGGAUUUCGAUUGGCAUUCGGUGAGGACUUAAACGCGGUCACUCUUCAAGAGCUAAGAGAUCUUAUACUCGGUGUCUCACACAACGAACCACUGGGGUCCGAUCGUCCACGCAAGCGAAUCAAAGUCGUCCCAAAGUCUGACUCUGCCGUACCACUCCCAGCUACACGUUCUGACUGCUCUUGUGUUAUUCUUUGUCCUUCCUGGGUGCUACUAGCAAACUGCCUUCUGGAACACGGACAUUCCGUCUCAUUAAAAUUUUUGCACCAUCUAGCUCUCGGAUGUGGACCCCAUUCCCCAGCAAACCCUCAGUUUCGAAAGGCUUGGCUGUGGCUCCGUUUCCAACGUUUGAAAGGCCGCUUUGACCGUGCUACGACUCCGAUGUUCGACACCACUACCAGCUAUUCGAACAGUUCAUUGUCAUCCUCAUUGUCUGCUGACCUACACGAAUUAGGCGCCACUUUGGUCCAGAUUCAUCAUCUUGCCGUGCUCGCCCGUCAUUGGUUCCAACAUGACACCAUCGAUUCCGAACAUGUAACGACUCCACUUUUGAACGCAAUUGACACAUUCUGCUCUUAUACAAAACUGGUAGCUUUCCUGUAUCGUUUGGGUUUGUUGCCUCAAGAUCGCUCAAUUCUGGAUGUGGAAAACUUUAGCAGUGAAUUUGAUAUGGUCGAGCCGAAGAACACGUCUUCAGUGCUGUUCCCGUAUCAGCCGGAAUUGUUUACUCAUGUGAUCCAUCAUCUCAAGUCCCGGAGUCAGUCGCGUACGCAUGAAGACAAUGAACUUGGGGAAGACCUCAUUUUGACGGAUGCUCUUUUGGCAGCUGCACUCGGUUCAGCUUCACACGUGUGGUCUGAACAGGAAGCAGCCUGCGUUCACAACACACAGGAGAACCGAUCUGUUAUUGAUCCACACUACCCACCGCGACGUUUACAAUCAGUGUGUGCACUGUGGCAAUUGCCUCCUGAUUCCACGACUAAUAAUGCCCGUCUCAGUUUGCUUGGCUUUCUGCUUUGUGAUGCCGCUGCUGCCGCGGCCUAUAAGCGGCAAAAGCUCCAUUGCAUUGAAAUCCAUCCCACUUCCACUCCUCGCAUGCUGGCGCUAAAGUUGUUUCGAAACGUGAUGUCCCAACUUGUCAGACAAUUUCCUACCGCGUUGCCGCUUCUGCCAACUAUAUUUACCCUAUGGCUGCUUGAUCGGGGAUUCUUCGAGGAAGGUCUUUCUUCACGCUUGCGAGCCUAUGUGACCGGUACCGACUUCGUGUCCCACUCAACACAGUCCCGAUUUGUUUGCCUAUUCCCCAACCAAAAUCGCGUCCUAAAAGAUUACCUUACCUCUUGUGGCCAGUUGUCUGUUUGGUACCGGUUGGUCGAUUCGCUCCCCCUGGACACCGCUGUUGAUUCUGGACAAGCCAAUCAGUUGCUGUCCCAGUCGACUUUGCACUCCCCAGUCCUUGGAGAGUUACGGGCUGUUGGUACACCUUUUUUGGCCUUGUCUCAAUUACGUCGAGUCGCUGCGAAAUUCGAAUCCAUGAGAUCGGAUGGUGCGAUAUCCGACGAAAUGUCUGAAAAGGCGCAUUCGAUGAUGCGGAACAUUCUGAUUGAGUUAGCCGAGGCCUGCAGACGUGCUGGACGGCUCGGUGAUCUCAUCAAUUUGGGGCUCGAUGAAUGGGAAGCUCAAACACUUUUCGAAUUCUACAAGGAUUCUGGCCAGUACGGGAUCAUCUUCCGUUGCUUACUCGCUAGAAAACAGUACCGUAGCGCACUGUCAACUUACCAACUAUACCAACGUGCGACACGGGAAAGAUCGGUGCACGAGCUCCUCACGUCGAACCCCACUCCAUCCGCUGACCGGUCAAGGAAAGAAUUACAAUUGUUGUCAGACUUGCUAAUACAAUCUCUGCCAGAAUGCUACCAAGAUGGUUGUGCCGAUUGUUCUCCCACUGAAAUCAUCCGCUCUUUAUCUCUCUGGGCUAAAGAUGUGGAUGCGAAAUCCCCUAUUUCCGGUGUGCCAUAUCGUCGCUACUCGGCGCUUGAGUGCCCUUUGACUUCCACUAAGCGGAGCUCUCCUCCACCCACUCUCAAACGCCCUGCAUCGACACUUAGUUCUGAACACGAUUACCGAUCGUCCUUGGGGGACUGUUCCACACCCAGCCCUGGUAGAAAAAUGUCUCCCAUAGCUGGGGUCAAUUUGUUGAACACGGCCAGAAAAGGCGCAGCUGAAUUCUGGGAAACUUUCCGAGAAAUGGAGAGCCUUGAAUUGAAAUUUAAACUGACAUCGAACACCCGGGCUUCCAUCUCCGCCAACGAAUCGAGGCUAUCGCUCCUUGGCGGCAUUCCUCGACAGACUGUCUCCAUACAGCCACGUGUACAUCGUCUGUUCAAAUCCAUUUACACCCCUCCUCCAAAGCGCAACGUUCAGUCUCGUGAGACGAAGACCACUGACUCCACCCGUUUUCCUGCCGAUAAUCCGCCUGCAAUCGAUCAACGCAUUCCAGUCUCCAUACUUAAGUCCCCUGCGCUUAGAAGCACCUUCUCAACUCCCCCUUGUUUGUCCCAUUCUCCGGAUUCAAAACUGGCCAGUGAUGUACUUCCGCUGAAUGCAACACUGAGCGACGAUAUGGACGUCACUCUAAACUUGUCUACUGUUCGACCGAGCCUGAAUGCUACUCCCAUCCUGCAUCCAGUUUCACGGAUCGUUUCCACCACCGUGUACCAUUUCUCCGCGCCCAAAUCUGUUUCCUCGCCGUCCAGUGCACCUGCUACCGAAUCUGUGGAGGCGGACUCCAAGUCGUCCAAAUUUCAGUUUGCUGCUCCUUUCACUUAUCCUUCCACUGAAGUCAGAAAUUCAUCACCCAUCAAAUCUCUGUGCUCGCCCCGAAAACCUCUUCAUCCUCUUUCUGAAGUGACGCGUACUGCGGAAGACGCCAGUGUGGGUCAAACGGCUAAGCUCGACUCGCUACCACCCACCAGUGGCAGCGUCAGAUUGGCGGAACCUACUGUUCACAAACCUAGUCAGAUACUUCCUCCAUGGCGGUUCAUCUCGUCUACAGAAGGCCUCUCAGCCUUGGAAAAUUUGACCUGUGUCCCCACUGACGUCACUAAUGACAAUGACGGUGGCGAGAGUACAAUGGACUUUGAUGACACUGCCUCUGUUGUCAGUUCUACUGAUGAUGGAUCAUCAAUUUCAUCCGAGACACCUCGACGCUCUGGACGUCGCGUAAGACCUCCGAAAAGAUUCGACCCAUCCAAAUUUUGA